UGUAAAGAUUUAGACACAUCUACUCGUGUUUAUUUGUGUUCUGCUUCAUUAACUACAGAACUUUUCUCCACAGUCUUUUCUCCUGCAGAACAAAGUCCUCUCAGAACUUUCCAUCUCAUUGAGAAGAGUAUGAAUCAGUCUGAAGCUCGAGCAGCUUGUAGAGAGAACUACACUGAUCUGGUCACUGUGUGCAGUGAAGAAGAGAACACUGCACUGAUUAAUCUGAUCAACACUGAACUGAAUAACACUCUGCCUGCAGACAGAAGAGCCUGGAUUGGUCUUCAGCGCAGUCAGUUCAGUUCUAAAUGGUCUAAUGGUGAUGAAGUUACAUUCAGUGCUCUGACUGGAAGCUGUGGGCCAAAGCCCUGCUGUGCUGCUAUGAAGACUAAUGCAUCAUGGGAAAGUCCUCUGUGUACAGAGAGAAGAAACUUCAUGUGUUAUAAACAAGAUCAGACUGACCUCACCUUCAGCUAUCACCUGAUCACUGAGAAUAAGACCUGGUAUGAAGCUCAGAGUUACUGCAGGAAGAACUACACUGAUCUGGUCAGCAUCAGAGAUCAGGAGCAGAAUGAAGCAGUGAAGAUAGCAGGGAUGAAGAGCAGUGAUUUCUUCUGGAUUGGUCUGCUGCGUGAUGACCUGGAGUGGGCUGAUGGAGGAAGAUCUGCUUACAGAAACUGGGCGGAUGAUCAACCUCGAUCAUCACAAAACUGUACACAGCUGAAUAGAGGGAAAUGGCAGGCAGUACCAUGCAGUAAUCCUGUGCCUGCUGUUCUGUGCUAUAACAGUGAGUCCUGA